CUAUACCUAAUGUCUGCUCCCUAGGUAAACAAAAAUGUCGGACGAAUUGGCGGGGAACGCUGGUGAGGAAAAUCAUGAUGAUGCCGUUAUUUCAAUGGUAGACUACUUAAAAGAAGAAGCGGAUUUGGUUGAAGAUGCAAAUGCUGUCUUAGGCGAUAGCGAUGAAAAUCACUGCACCUAUGAAAAGGGCUAUGUUGGAAGGCAAGCAUUGUAUGCAUGUGCAACUUGUGAGACCAAAGACAAGGGACCAGCUGGUGUUUGUCUCGCUUGUAGCUAUGCUUGUCAUGAAGGUCAUGAUCUUUAUGAACUCUACACUAAAAGGUACUUCUGUUGUGACUGUGGAAAUAGCAAGUUCACAGAUAUGAAGUGCAAACUUCUGCCUGAUAAAGAAGACCAUAACAUAAAGAAUCAGUAUAACCAGAAUUUCAAGGGACUGUACUGUGUCUGUGAGAGACCCUAUCCUGACCCAGAAGAUGAGAUAGAUGAUGAGAUGAUACAAUGUAUAGUUUGUGAAGACUGGUAUCAUGGAAGACAUCUAGGAGACUGCAAACCUCCCAGUAACUUUCAGGAGAUGAUCUGUCGAGGUUGUAUGAGUAAACAUGAGUUUUUGUGGGCCUAUAAUAUACACAGUAAAGAGAUACUGGCACUCAAGUCUGACAGCAGUACUAGUGAGGUGACAGUGGAUACUGGAUCGAGCACAAGUGAUGUGUCCGAAGAUACAGCAGUUAAAUCUGAUAACAGUGAUAAAUCUGUAAAUGGCGGCCAGGAGGAGAAAGUACUAGGGAGUGCCGAGACAAAACCUAAUAACUGUGAUAAUAAGUGUGAUACUGGUGCAUCUGAAAAAGACCAGUGUUUGUUGAAGGACCUUCAGACAAGGGAGGUUACAAUGAAGGAAUCAGCAACUUUCUGGCCUGAGGGAUUCAGAUCUAAAUUAUGUGUCUGUAUGUCAUGUAAGGAAAUGUACAAGGAGCAAGGUAUAGAGUAUCUGAUAGAUGAGAGUGAUUCAGUGUCAGCCUAUGAGAAAAGAGGGAAGGAUAAAACUGCUCCGUCAUCAGAGGCAGACCAGGAGAGACGGGUGCUGGAGGGCAUGAAUAGAGUACAACAGAUUGAGAUGGUCCAAGGGUUCAAUGACAUGAAGUCUGCACUUAGUGACUACCUAAAGAAGUUUGCUGAGAAUGGGAAAGUUGUGCGAGCUGAAGACAUAAGGGAAUUUUUCUCUCAGAUGGAACAGAGGAAGCGCCAGAAAACUGAUCAUACUCCAGCCCAUUUCUGUAGAUAAACUGUUAUCACACUUUGUUUGGAGAUAAUCAGAAGUUAUAUCCAGUAAAGAACGCAUAUUAUAAUUUUGUCUGUGAUCUGACAUUUCUGUUUGAAUGGGUUGAAGAUGUUUAAGUGGCUGAGAUUCCAGGCUUACAAUGUGUACUAGUGUGUAGGAGUAAAUGAAUGUAUAGAUUUUGUGAAUUCCUUACUUUGCAAGCUUUUUGAGUCCGCUAAACGAUGAAAUC